AUGCAAAAAGUUUUUAGAACAGGAUACAAUUAUUUAAAUAAACUUAUUAUAUUUUGUCAUGGAUUAACAUACUCUGCUGAGGUGUGGAGAGAAAGAUUUGAGAAUAUUCAAAGAAAUGGUAAUGAACAUGUCAAAUUCAUAUUACCAAAUGCACUAAGCCAACACAAUGAUUAUAUUGGAUCAGUAACACAAUCUUGGUUUAAUUUUAAUGUUUUAAAUGAAACUGCCACGGUUGACAAUGAUCAACUUAAUCUAUCUAGAAAUAGAAUUGAUUCAUUAAUUGAAUCUGAAAUUGCAAAUGGUUUGUCAAGUGAUAGAAUUAUGUUGGGUGGUCAUAGUCAAGGAGGAUCAACUGCAAUGUUUACUUUCUACAACUCAAAGCAUAGACUUGCUGGUUGUAUACCAUUUGGAGCUGGUAUUCCAACAAAGAUAUUCGCAAACGAAAGAGAUGACUACCCAAACAGACAACAACCACUGAAACUGCUACAUGGUAGAGAAGACGACCUCGUUCUAUUGAGCUUUGCUGAAUCUCUUCUCGAGUGUUUCCAGAGAAAGCAUGCAAAUGUUGAUUUAACUAUCUUUGAAGAUACUUAUCAUGAUCCUACCGAUUCAGUAUUACAAGUUAAUAAAACAAACACUAUUCUAAUAUCAAAAAAAAUCAAUCGCAUUGUUGCUUUGUUAGGUAGUUAUAAAUUCGCUACCAAUGAUUUUUAUGAAAACACAUCAUUUCUCAAUAAAGCAAGCAAACUCAACUCAAUCUUUCACAUCGUAUCUGAAAAGACACCUUUGUCUAGAAACCAAAUUCACCAAAUCACCACCACAUCGAAUCCAAAUAAUUGUUCCCCUCUAUCACAUUUUUGUUAUCAUAUCUGUCCAUCAUUCAUACACCCAUCACCACAUCAAAUACGUUUAAUUCUAAAUUGUAUAAAUAUUUAA